AUGGAAGAGAGACCAAGUCAGAGAAACCUGUGUGAAGUUUUCUCUUUCCACUGUAAGGGCUGUGUGAAAUUGACAAGGAGAAUACAGCCUGCGUGAUGAUGAGGGUUCACCCAUGAGACUACAUCAUCUUCAAUUCCACCCUGCCCUCCACCAGCAGCUUAGACAGAGCCGGCCUGGGGACUAUUCCUGAGUGUGUGACACAUGUUUGUGUUGCUAGGCUGAGGAGAUGAUGACUUUUUUCGGGCUAAAGGCAAACCUGUUGUGCUCAUAUCUAAUCUGAGAUAACGAUACACCAGAAAGGUCCCUGGGAAUAUUGAAUCACAAAAAAACAAAGCUGGAAGAUCUGAACUGGUCACCAAGGGGCAGGUUGCUAUAUUUUUCAGUUAUUCAAAAUUCUGUCAAUUUAACUCCAUACUGGCAGCUGAGCUCCAACUCUACAAAGGCAAGGUAGUUUAUGUUCUAGGGAGACAUGCAUGCAGAUGAGUUCCACCUUUACCCGAAAGAGCACUAGUGAAGCAGGUUGGGAGGUAUCUGAGUGCAGGGUGCACGUGUUUUUGGCAGGGAGCAUGCAGAGGGCAUCUUUGGGUUUAUUGGGGUUUCUCUGGAUCUCCUGCUCCCUGCUGUUGUUGCCCCUGGCUCUGGGGACACUGGUGGACAGCAGCAGGAGGUCCAGCAUGGACAGUGGCUUCAUGUACAGGCGCCUGAAAAGCCACGAGAAGAGAGAAAUGCAGAAGGAGAUCUUGUCACUCCUUGGUCUCCCUCAUAGACCUAGACCGGUCCAUGGACUUAAUUCUGCCUCACAGCAACAGCCAGGAAGGCUCAACUCUGCCCCCCUCUUCAUGCUGGACCUGUAUAAUGCCAUGUCUGGCCAGGAACAGGGAAUGGACAACAAAGGAUGGCAGAGGUCAGGACCACACAGCCACCAGGUGAAGGUCAAGAGCCUUCUGAGCACACCCCAUGGCAGCUCCCAGGACAGCGCCUUCCUCACUGAUGCAGAUAUGGUCAUGAGCUUUGUUAACCUGGUUGAAUAUGACAAAGAACUGUCACCGCGACUACGACUUCAAAAAGAAUUCAAGUUUAAUUUAUCUCAGAUCCCAGAUGGAGAGGCCGUGACUGCUGCUGAAUUCCGGAUAUACAAGGACUGCGUUCUGGGAGGCUUUGAGAACCAAACAUUCUUAAUCAGUAUUUAUCAAGUGUUAAAUGAGAAGCAGACCAGCAGAGAAUUAGAUUUUUUCUUAUUGGAUACACAAACAGUAUGGGCUUCAGAAGAAGGUUGGCUGGAGUUUGAUAUCACUGCAACUAGCAAUUUGUGGGUUAUGAACCCCCGACAUAAUCUUGGAUUACAGCUUAGCGUGGAAACGAGGGAUGGUCAGAAUGUGAACAGCAGAACUGCGGGUUUAGUUGGCAGAGAUGGUCCAUACGAUAAACAACCAUUUAUGGUGGCUUUCUUUAAAGCAAGUGAAGUCCACCUAAGAACUACAAGAUCAGCCACAAGCAAGCGCAAAAAUCAGAAUCGCAACCGUUACUCUCAAUCACAAGAUGUGUCCAGGACAUCCAGCAUAACAGAUUACAACAGCAGUGAUCUUAAAACGGCGUGCCGGAAACAUGAGCUGUAUGUUAGUUUUCAGGACUUGGGAUGGCAGGACUGGAUAAUUGCACCAAAAGGUUAUGCUGCAAAUUACUGUGGUGGAGAGUGCUCGUUUCCUCUCAACGCCCACAUGAAUGCUACCAACCAUGCUAUCGUGCAGACCCUGGUUCACCUUAUGAAUCCCGAGUAUGUCCCUAAACCUUGCUGUGCUCCAACCAAACUAAAUGCCAUAUCAGUGCUUUAUUUUGAUGAUAACUCUAAUGUCAUCCUGAAGAAGUACAGAAAUAUGGUGGUGAGAGCCUGUGGUUGUCAUUGAACUGAAAUAAAUGAGUCUAGCAACUACUCUCCAAAAGUGGAUUAGACUCCAGCUCAGUCCAACAGAAGAAAACACACAUGGCCAACAUUGACUGACAUUCAUCUGAGGCAUGGGCAAAGUUUAUAUGGUACUUGCUUAAUAAAGAGGACACCAGCUAUGGAUUGUACACCUAAACUCACCUUGUCCCCAUGGAAAAAUAAUCUCAGUUUCAAGAUGGGCAUGUGAAGGUGAAAGAGAAGGAAUCCUCCACAAUGAGGUUUUGCAAGUUUAUUUGUUAGCUUGGAUCAAGCUGUGUUUCAUCUAGUUAAAAAAUAAAAUAGUAAUAAUAUAUAUAAUUAUAUAUGUAUUAACCUCUUUUGCUGCUUUAACGGUCCCAGUCUCAGACAUUGUUUAGCUCACAAUAUGGUGGAAGAACGUAGUUAUCUUUCUAAUUGUUGUGAAGCCAACUAGAGUUGUCACUGCUGUAUCUGUAACUAUCUGUCCCCCAAACAUUUGUCAAUGUCACCAACUGGUCCAGGGCAGUGGGAAUUAAAUAAAAUCCAAGAUACAGUAGCAUACAAUUACUCUACGCACUGCCAGUAGGCCAAGGAAGCAGGCCUUAACUGGAAAUGGAAGAGUUAAAUGUCCACCAGGGUUUUGUACUCAAUGUAAACAUCCUUCCUAGGGAUUUCAUUAUCAGUAUUUAUCAGUCUUAAACAUCUCUUAAAACCAGAAUCCAGUUGGCUCUCUGCCUAAGCAGCACUCAAACCUCACCAUCACCUACAAUUAUAUUGAUACAUUGUAAAUUGCAUGGACUAUGCUGGAGCCUUACCCGCUGUGUCCUGUUUUACACACUCUUUUGAAGUUUGGUCUGUUUAGCAAUGAUCAUUUCAUUCUUUAUGUGUAACACAGUGUUAUAUAUAUAUAUAUGUGCAUUUUUUCCCCUCUAGUUGCCUUAAUUGUAAUCUAAAUAUUGGACUGUCAUCAAAGAGAAGUGAUUUCUUGUAAUAUCUUGCAAUAAAACUAUUUCUCACUCCCAAACCA